AUGGGGUAUUCAGACUUCAAGAAGCACAAAUCAGUCUACAGCAUGAUUAAGGAGAGAGAGUCAAACAAACUCAAACCUGUAGAGAAAAACAGUAGCAAUGCUUACGCAUUUGGAAAAUUUCUCCCGAAUCAAACGACCAGUGGUCUCGCGCUGUCAUCUCAAGCCUUCUGCGGCAACUAUACAACAGAUGGGCAAACCUUUAUGUCCGCUUGUCAGGAUAUGUACAUUCGACUUUUCCACUACAGCAAGGGUAGGCAUAAACUCAAACGAGCAAUCAAGUGCCAGGACUUACGAUGGAGUGUACUAGAUGUCGAUUUCAGUCCUGAUCAGAAGAAUUUGAUAUAUAGCUCAUGGUCGAAUUACGUACAUUUGUGCGAUGUCAGGGAGGGAUCGGAUGAUUACGGCACCACAGAGCUGAAUUUCAGCGACAGUGGCGACUUCAAUCUUGGUCAUGUAUGCCACUUCUCUGUCAAGUUCAGUUCGGACAGCAAGUACAUAGUUGCUGGGAACAAUGCAGGAAAGCUGGUGGCAUACGAUCUGGAGGCGAUGAAGCCAAGUUUAUUCAUACAGGGGCACACUGGCGAUGUCAAUGCUGUGAUGUUUGCAAAGGAUAACAGCAGUAUAGUUUACAGUGGUUCUGACGAUGGACUGUGUAAGGUCUGGGAUACGAGGUUAUUCCGAAGCGCCUCAGUUGCAAAGCCUGUGGGAGUACUUUCUGGGCAUCGCUCCGGACUUGCUUCAAUCGACUCCAAGAGCGAUGGCAGGUAUCUGGUCACAAACAGUAAGGAUCACACAGACAGUAUCAAUGGACCGGGCACUAGUUUCGAUUACAGAUUUGGUGGCAGUUUCAACAGUUUCAUGCCACCAGGCGAUCAUGAAGAUGACAAUUCGAUUAUGACAUAUCGAGGUCACUAUGUGAGCCGCACACUGUGUCGCGUGAAAUUCAGUAGCGAACACACCACCGGAGAACGUUUCAUCGCUGCUGGCUCAGCCGAUGGAGAUAUCUGUAUCUGGGACGUACUUACCGGUGCGAAAGUGCGCAUAUUGAAGGGGCAUGAUGACGUAGUUCGUGAUGUUGCCUUCCAUCCUUACGAGAAUAUACUAGCUUCCUCGUCGUGGGAUAUGUCAAUCCGAAUAUGGGAGCACUCCGACUGCACACGUGCCGAGCGCGAAGCUCAGCGCGGAGAUCGACGACGCUCAUCCCAGUCACAAACAUCGGACGAUGCAGAAGCCGAUGUGCAUGAGGUGCGGUUUGCCCACGGGAGAUUUGGCAGGUAUGAGUUUACAUUGCCACGUGGACAAUAUGACAGUGAUGACCACGCGAGUGACCCUGAGUGGGCGGUGGUGGGUGGCUCGGGCAGCGACGAAGUUAACGAUGAGUCUGAGGACGGAGAUAGCGACAUGGACGGCGUGGAUGUUGACUAUGAUGGUGGCGAUGGAAAUGGUGACGAUAUGAGUGAUGAUGCUGCAUGA